CAUCAUCACGAUAUCAUCACUAUAUCUAACUAGAUUUCUAAAUUAAGAUCAAUAAGGCAAUAUUUGUCCAGCACCUCCUCGCCUCGGGGUCAUUAACACUGUCAUUCAAACGGUGAAUUGGCAAAAUCCUUUCCAGAACAGCUUCAAAACUCUCUAUUCGAUAUGUGAAAGUGUAUGAUGUUCUUGGAAUAAUAGUGAUAAUGUUCCUUUAAGGGUUAUUCCCUUUAAUACCUUCUGGUUUUCGCAUUAAAACGGUGAAUGUUCAACGUCAAGUGGUAUCACUGAAAUGUGAUACCACAAAUAAAAACGUCACCACGGAUAAGAAUAAGAAAGACGGAAAGCGACCGAAACGAAAAAGAAUAUCCGAUAUGAGGGUUGACAUCCGGGGACUGAAGUGUGGAGUCAAAGCGUGCUCCACACUCCGUGCUGGAGUCAAAGCGGCAAUGUACGAAAGUAGCUGCUCCUAUGGCGGAGCUCUUGAAUUGAAGAGAAGCGCAUUAAAAGAAGACCCCUGGCCAACUACAGAAUGGCCGCCUUACCGCUUACAUCAGUCCACGUUCGAACAACUGAAACAGAGCGUAGAGAAAGCCAAAGCAGCUCUGCAAGACAGGUCUGGGCUGCUGGGUACGGCAACUGCGUUCGGUGAUUUUUAUGGAGGACAAUUGGGCCAGGAUACAACGAGCACGAGCCUCGGCUUCGGCAGGACGACGAGAACAGAUGACUCUAUGAUAGCUUCCAUAGACAAAAACAAAGGUUUAGGUUCAGACAAGCUGUCAGGUGGCAUCACUAAAGGUUAUACAUCUUCUUCAACCCUGUCUGAUACACUGAGAGCAACGAAAUGUUCAGAUGCAUCAUAUAAAAGUUCGUGGUCUACACAUGCAACAUCACAGGGUACGCAAGGUUAUGGCAGCAAUUCAUUAUCAGCUAUGUCGAAAUCGACGUUAGACGCACACACACAUCUGCGUCAACCAGAUCCUUACCAAAUGUUUGGUCCUACAAGCAGUCGUCUAGCUAAUUCAGGAUCCGGACAAAUACAACUAUGGCAGUUCCUUUUAGAGCUGUUAAGUGACUCCAGUAAUGCAGGUUGCAUUACUUGGGAGGGUACGAAUGGAGAGUUCAAGCUAACAGACCCGGACGAGGUGGCCAGGAGAUGGGGGGAACGUAAAUCCAAGCCGAAUAUGAACUACGAUAAGCUUAGCCGAGCUUUGAGAUACUACUACGACAAGAAUAUUAUGACGAAGGUCCAUGGUAAACGAUAUGCAUACAAGUUCGAUUUCCAAGGCCUAGCUGCGGCCACGCAACCGGCUGCCAGCGAUCCAGCUUAUAAAUACCAGAGCGAUUUAUUUAUGAGCUCGUAUCACCACUCGGCCAAGCUUUCGUCUUUCAUGGCUCCACACGCAGCUAUGCCAACAUCGACAGCUUCAAUAUUCCCGUCAGCUUCAUGGAGCAACUGGGGUGGAGGAGGAGGCAACCUCUAUUCCCCCCACUCCAUGGCUCCUCCCCACGUGACGUCACACCUGGGCUCCUACCCGCACUACGCAUGACCGGCCUACUAUAACCAUGACACGACAUAUGACAUUGUUUGACUCGAACUUACCAUCGAUACUGUAACUAUUCUUUUUACUUUAGUAGGUAUAACUGUAUCGUAUUAUAUAAAAGUAUUUAACAUAAAAUACAAUUCGCCCAAGAAUUGAGACGGCUUGAGAAACGUACCAUACGAAACGGCCUAAUAGUGGGAACUGAGAUUUCAAAUUAGAUUUAUCGUGUUUUAUUUUUAAUCAAUUAGUUUUACUUAGACAAACUAAACCAGCAUAUUGUAGUAAAAUAACGCCAAUGACAUUUUAUUUAUAAACAGUAUAAUCCAAAUGAAUCUCAGGGUAAAUAAAAAUGCCAUUUUUAAUUGAUUGCUAUGUAAUUUUAAAUUUAUUUAUUAAUUAAUUUACAUCUUAACACGAACGUACACGUGGAGUGUGACUAGUCUUUUAUCAAAGAAUGUAAAUAAUAGAUACUCAUUAAAUAAGUAGAACUAUAUUGUUUAUUUAGGAUAUCAAGUAUUAAAAAUUUUAUUCAUCGUAUAACCUUAUCAAAUAUAAGGACUCCUAAAAUGUAAAGCAAUAUUGCAUUUUUUAAACUUUGCAAUCGAAAUUACAUUUAAAUUUUUUAUAAUAUAAUCGAUAACAAUUCCCUGGUAUAAUAAUAAUUAAUUCCAUCGAUAUUUAUUAAUUUAUUGCUCAUGAAUCAGGGCAUCGUUCAAAUUCAAAAAGGCUAAGGGAUGAAAUACUAAAAAAUAUGUCAAAAACUCAACGAAUAUAAUAAUACUAAAAUAAUUAAAGUCCAAAAGUCAGUUCAACAAGCCGUAUUUACCCGAACGGUGGCAGCAAGGAAAAGUUGGAGAAUUCUUGAAAAGGGAAAGUUUUGAGAAAAGGUAGUGCUCAUCGUAAGAAAAUUGCUACGGACGCUUAAGCAAAAUUCGAAACGCAGUGUGGGAUUAUUUCAUGAAUGCAAAAGUUAGUCUCUCACUUAGGUCAAAAGUUAAAAUUUUGUAACAGACGCCACAGAGAUUUCAAUUUGAGGAACUUUCAGGAAUUCUCAGAACUUUAUCGGCACCGCCGUUCAAUCUUAUAUAUUAUGUCGACUGAUUAACAAAUGAACAAGAAUUUAUGAUAACGCUGUCUUUUUUAAUCAGAAAUAAUCAUAGAAGCAGUUAAAUGGUGAUAGUAUCUCAGUAUUAAUCUGUAUAAAUUCGUAAUAAGUUGUGGUGUAACAAGAUGACAUAAGCAAUUUAUAAUUUAAAUAAUUCCUGAAUGUUGAUGAAGUACAACGGUGUACUAAAUCCAGUAAACUUAGUAACAGAUUUUGCUUUAAGAUUGAUUACACUUUAAAUCUUGAAUAUUUUGGCCGGUAUUAAGUAUUCCUUGUCUACUAUUUAUGUUGACUACGAUAUCUAUAAAGGCAGUAUUAACAAGUUUUAAUCGAUAGUUGUAAAAUGUGUUUUUACCCGUCAGUAUUAUUAAAAUAUAAACCACAAUGGAAUAACUUUUUAAUUGGCAAUAAAAUUAAGUUUAUUUUUCUACAUGUUUUCUUGUCAAUAUUUUAAGAAAUCCAAUGUAUGACGUAUGAUUUUUAUAAUAAAAACAUCUAUCAAAAUUCUACAUAAUAUGAAUAUUAUUAUAAUAAAACUUUUCGUCUAAAAUAUUGGGUAGUGUAAUAAUGAAAAUGUAUACAUUGCAAUACUUCGUGAGAAUUUUACAUUUUUCCCUCUUUGAAAUUCCCUUAUUGCAUGUAAUAGAGGGUCAAAAGCUAAGUUGUGUAGAAUUGCAACUAUUCAAUUCUUUGCGUGUGCAGAUUGCGUGUUAAUGAACAGAAGGAAGGUGCGCAAAUUUUUCUCAAUGGAAUAUUUCUCCAAGGGAUUGUAUAUAAAGUAGAUAUUAUUUUAAAAGUGCAAUCGUAUUAUUAUCGAUAAAAUGUAGAAUAUAUAAUAAUUAAAUGGAAAUUAUUUUCUGUUGUAUAUUUUGAAUAAUUUAUUUUUUCUUUCGUUGCUUUUUUUUUUAUUUAAUUAUUUACAAAUAAUUUAUAUAAUUUCUGGUAUUUGUUUUAUCUAAUAAAAUAUUUUCUUUUAACUGGUCACUAAUUCAUUAUUUCCUUGAAUGUUUAACGACUGUGUUAAAUUUAAUGUAAUUUUUUGCUGAAUGUUUGUAUUAUUUAUAGUUUUUUGACAAUUAUAACAUUUGUCUUUGUAAUUAAUAUUUACUAAUAAAUUUCUCUCUAAGUAUUUAAAUAAAAUGUUUAAUUAAAUAUAAUUAAUAAUAACGUUUAGUUACCUUACUUGUGAUUUAAUACGUAAAAUACCGGUGAUUUUUAUUUUUAAAAAGAUUUAUUUACACAAUAAAUAAUUUAUUCAUAUUUUUUUUAUUAUUUAAUUUAUUUUAAUGCAUGUGUCGGAAUAACGAAUCCGUUUAGUCGUAGUACCAUUGUAUAGAUGUUAUUGUAUUUGGAAAUGAAUAAAACAAAUGAAAAGUC